AACAGGUUUCUCAUGUCAAAUCUAUAUCAAAAUGCAAGUGAUCCAGACGAUAGAGACGCAGUUACCCAUCCUGCGAGAGAGUUUCCACUCCUCCCCAUUUAGAGAGAGACGGACAGAGAGGAGAAAAAGCAGCCUCACAAAUCUCAUAAGAAGACAACAGCAGCUGUCUUCACGACCUGCACAUGCUAAGUUGAGCCGCUCCUCCAGCAACCCUUUAUGUGACCUGGCAGAGCAAACUGAUGAGAGAGUCCUUGAAAGAGAUGGAGAGAUCAGGAGGCAGGGGGAGCUGUGUCUCCGGCAGUCCUCGGCUACAGCGUCACUGCUCGCAUCAUCACAGCUGCUGCUCCUCCCGGUGGAAAGAGAGAGAGAUGGAUUAAAGAGAGAGGGGAGAAAGAGAGAGAAGCAAAAAGAACGGGAGAGUCAAUCCACCCACACACGUUCCCAGCAUGGCUUGAUCGCUAAAGGUGUGCACUUUCUGAGGACCAUGGGAAAUCAAGAGGCCAAGCAAAGAAAGUCCACUACCAACGUGGUUGCGGAGGGUCUUGGCAAUGGGGUGAGCUCUGAUGACCACGAACACCCUAAAAAGAUUAAGAAGUCCCAAAGCAAAGCCAGCAAAUUAUCGAUCGACUCCAGCAAGAAGAAAUACAAAUCCGAGGGCUGCAAAAGUUCUGUAUUUUCCAACAUCCGUAUCCGAAAGGGGCUUCGGAAAGGGUUACACAAAGAGGAUGUACUGGAUGGUGGGAUUAGGAUUAACGCAGAUGCCAAUGGAAGCAAUGAUGGCAGAAUGUCAGGGGAUGAGCUGGAGGGUCUGACGUCUGACAGUAAGCUAGAUCGAAAUCAAAUCACGGCCGAAAGCAGGCAGUCGACAGAAGAGGAUGUUGGGAGAGAGACGGAGGGGUCAGGGUCGGAUACAGACAUUUACAGCUUUCAUUCAGCAGCUGAUGCUCAAGAUCUGCUGUCGGAUAUCCAGCGAACUAUUAGUCUGCAGAAGCAGAGUGAAAGUGUUGCUGAGGGGAAGAAUUGUGAUGAUGGGGACCGAAAGGGUCAGAUAGGGUCUAAGGAUCAGGGUCAUGAGGUCAAUGAGGGUCCUGUUAGUAAAGGUGGAGAAAGAGUUUCUUACAUUAAAGAACAAAAUGUAAAAUGUAGUGAAGACACCGAAGGAGAGGUUAAUAAAACCACGUUCAGUUUAUCUGGUGACCAUAACAUGCAAGAUACCAUCACCAAGACAAGUAGCUUGCAGGGUAUCAUGGCUGUGAGCAAAUCUAUCAGUAACUAUAGUUUUCAAGAUACCACAGCAACAACCACCUCCUACGAGAGUGCAGAGGAUAUUUUUGAGAGUUCAUCACUAUCCCUUCCCCUUGAAGACUGUCACUAUGGUAACAGUAGCUUAACCCAAAGCCUAGAAGAAGGCCUGAUGAAUGACCCUCAAGUUGACCCCGCAUCAAAUGCCAUCCAGAUCAAUUUAAUGCCACAGAAGAGCAUCAGUAGCAUGGAGCUGAACAUCGAACCAUGUGAGGAUGAUGAUGCUAUAGAAGAAAAAAAGCGCGAGAAGACAACUCAGAGGAGAAAAAGCAGCGCUGCGUCUUUCACACAGUUAUCACCUGAGAGCUUUUUAGGCCCUCGUAGGACCUCCUGUACAAACCUUGGGGUUAAAUCGUAUCCAACGAUACAAACUUCCUAUGUUAAAACGACCACGAGACAGCUCACAUCACCCGUAGUUUCUCCAUGCACCACUCCUUCACCGAGCCCUCGUAGGGUCGGAUUAGAGUUAAACUUUGGUCAAGGGUCAAAGAAGGCAGGAAGCUGGAGAGCAAAGAGGCAACGGUCUUGCAGCAUUGCUGGGCCAGUGUGUUGUCAUGAUGACUGGGAUGAAGCUUUCCAUGGCCAGUCAGAGCUAAUAGAAAGAGGUUUUCAGACCAUCAGAACCCAGAAAGCAUCAUCCAUCUUUCCAGAUGCGUUCUCAGGUCGCUCUCUGCUAGAGAUGUGUUUAAUGCAGUGGGGUUGUACUGAAGAUGACAGUAGUGCACAGGACGUUGAGAGAUUCUGUUCCCGGCUUUUGGCUCUGGGAAUUUUACAGCCCUUCAGUGACUGCCUCACGGAACCUCACACAGGAAGUGAUAUCACAGACAAGCUCACAUUUAAUACGGAUCAGCUGUAUACCUGGGCUUCAGUGGGACACAGUGAGAUCAGAACACCUGGGAGGUUGCAAAAACAGUGGCCCCCAGCCCCUUCUGUACCACAGGUGCUAAUAUGUGCAUGUGAUGGAUCCACGGAGCAAUAUGGGGUCGUUCCGGAAGGAAGUUCUGUUCCCAUUCAGGAGCUUGAGAGAACUAUUGAAGAAUUACUUGCGAAAAUAUCGGAUAUGGAAAAAGAGAAUACACUUUUGGACAGCGCCAAGGAUGGACAAGAGGCUGGUUAUAAUCAGAUUAUCAAACAUUCACAGAAUAAAGUAAACGUACAACAAGUUUUGCAGAACGUGAAAGCCAUUCAAACUUCGCCUGUUGAGGAAGCCUUUAAAUAUCCGGUGCCUUUACCAGACCAAUCCAAGACUUCCAAAAUAAGUCACAAUGCCUCUUCAGCAAUGGGAAUGCCCCAAAUAUAUAUCUGCCAAAGACAGGAAGUCCCUCCUCUUUUACCUCCACUACUUCCAGUUUCAGUUGCAUCCUCAGUACUUAAACCACAAUCACAAUCGCAGCCAGGUGUAUCAGUACCUCCCCCCCUAGCUCCACCCCCACUCCCAGGUAUGACUCCACCCCUUCCUCCUCCACUUCCAGGUAUGCCUUCACUUGCUCCUCCUCUCUCAGGUAUGGCUCCACCUCCUCCUCCACUUGCAGGGAUAGCACCACCUCCUCCUCCACUCCCAGGUAUGGCUCCACUUGCUCCUCCUCUCUCAGGUUUGGUUCCACCGCCUCCUCCACUCCCAUGCAUGGCACCACCUCCUCCUCCACUCCCAGGAAUGGCUCCACCCCCUCCACCUCCACCUCCUGGAUGCGGACCUCCAGCACCUCCUCUCCCUCCUGGUUUUGGGCCCCCUCCACUCUUCAUGGGAUUGGUGCCACCGGGAAUGGCUCAGGAGGUUGCCCCCCUAAAGGCUGUUAUUGAGCCUCUGCGACCCAUGAAACCACUUUAUUGGACCAGGAUACAGCUACAUACCAAAAAGGAUGCCAGAAGCUCUUUGGUAUGGGAGAAAGUUAAGGAGCCAUCAGUUGACUUGGACGAAUUUGUGGAGCUGUUUGCCAAGAGUGCAGUAAAGGAGAAGAAAAAACCCAUUUCAGACACCAUAACAAAAUCAAAGGCCAAACAAGUUGUCAAGCUACUGAGUAACAAACGUUCUCAGGCGGUGGGGAUUCUGAUGUCCAGUCUUCAUUUAGAUAUGAAGGACAUCCAGAAUGCCAUCUUGAACAUGGACUGCUCGGUGGUGGAUCUGGAAACGCUCCAGGCUCUGUAUGAAAACAGGGCUCAGAAAGAAGAGAUGGAUCAGAUUGAGAAGCACAUCAAAUCUUCAAAAGACAAAGAGAACUUGAAACCGCUGGACAAGCCUGAGCAGUUUUUGCUACAGCUGUCCCAGGUUCCUCAGUUCUCCGAGCGAGUUUUCUGUAUUCUCAUUCAGUCCAGCUUUACUGAGUGUAUUACAUCAGUUCAGCACAAGCUGGAAACCCUGCUGAGAGUCUGCACGGCUCUACAGUCAGGUCAAGGUGUUCUCCGGAUUCUAGGUUUGGUUCUUGCUUUUGGGAACAUUAUGAACGGUGGAAACCGAAGCAGAGGACAGGCAGACGGAUUUACUCUCGACAUCCUGCCUAAGUUAAAAGACGUCAAGAGCAGUGAUAAUUCUCAGAGCCUCCUGUCCUACAUAGUUGCUUACUAUCUGCGACACUUUGAUGAGGACGCAGGUAAAGAAACGUGCGUGUAUCCACUUCCCGAGCCUCAGGAUUUAUUUCAAGCUUCUCAAAUGAAGUUUGAGGAUUUUCAACGUGACCUGCGCAAACUACGUAAAGAUCUUAAUGCCUGUUCUGCAGAAACCGAAAAGAUGUGCAAUGUGUCAUCCGAGGAGCACCUGCAGCCCUUUAAGGACAAAAUGGAAGAAUUUCUCGCUAGAGCUAAAGCCGAGCUUGAGCUCCGGGAGAAACAGCUCACUGACACACAAAAGAUCUUUAUGGAGCUCAGCGUGUUUUUCUCAGUCAGGCCUAAGGGAGGAGAGAACGAGGUUUCACCAAACACAUUUUUUACACCAUGGCACGAGUUUUCUUCAGAUUUUAAGGAAUUAUGGAAAAGAGAGAAUAAAUGCUUACUGCAGGAGAAGUUAAAAGCAGCAGAGAUGACUUUCAGGGAGGCACGAGAACAAAUUUCCUACACCAUCAAACCUAAACAUGCAUCAGGAAUAAAAGCCAAGCUGAGACAGAAGAUGUGAAUUUCUGUGCUACCUACAUUACAGUAAUUGCAACAAAACUCACAUGUUUGAUUGUUCUUACUUUAUCUUCUUAAUUUAUUCAACCUAUGCCAAACUUGAUAGCCGGAUACUACGGGGCAGUUUCCCAGACAGGAUUUAGAUUAAUCCAGGACUAGGCCUUAGUUAGGACAUUUAAGAAGUUUUUACAAACACACCUUACAAAAAAUAAUACUGGUGUGCAUCUUGGGACAAAACAAUGGCACUGAUAUAUGUUAAGAUAUGUCAGUGCAAGGACACAGGUAUUUUUAUAAACCUGACUUUUUUUAAGCGGUUCAGCCGUUCGUCCACACGGAAACGCAGUAUGAAGUCACUGAAACCGAACAUUUUGAAAACCCCUGCCAGGGUGAGUAUUUUAAGAAACGCCGGUGUUGUCGUGUAGACGGUAAAACCGAGGUUUUUGCCUUGCAACUUCACUUUUGUUAGGCUUCUGAUUGGCCAAGGUGGCUUUACGAUUUGAGUUAUAUCACCGCCUGCUGGUAUGGCAUGCUCUUGACAGCGUGUGAUCAUGUGUUUUUGCAUGUUCAUGUAGGCGGAGAUUUCUUUUAAACCGAGCAUUUGUGAAUGGGGUUUUUUUAAACCGCAGGAAGAAAAACUCCGGUUAUAAAAAUACCCGUGUCCGUGUGGGCUAGGCCUAAGACAGCCUAAACGUGUAUUUUAGUCUGGGACUAGGAUAAGCCCUGUCCGGCAAACUGCCCCUACAAGUUUUUUUACAUUACAUGAAUAUGGUUAUUAAGGGUGUGACAAGACACUUAAAGGAGCAUUUCAC